AGCAUAUAUCAUUCAAAAUAAGGGAAAAAGCCCCGCCAAGCCAAGAGAGCCAAAACCACCGCGAAACCUCUCUCUCUCUCUCGAGAUCAGAUCGGGAAAUCGCCAAUCCCCUGAACCCUAGAACCCACGGGAAGUUAGGUCACGGCACAGCUCCGGCGGAGCGCGGGAAAUGCCGAGAGAAGAUGCACAGCUGAGCUCGGCCAAGCGGGCGUACCGCAGCGCCCAGGCCGAGGGCAACAGGCAGGAGGAGGCCCGGUGGGCGAACACGGUCGGCAAUAUCCUGAAGAACCGCGGGGAGUACGUAGAGGCCCUCAGGUGGCUGCGCCUGGACUAUGAAGUCACCUCCAAGCACCUGCCGGUGAAGCAGCUCCUGCCCACCUGUCAGUCCCUCGGCGAGGUCUAUCUCCGGCUCGAGCACUUCAAGGACGCCCUCAUUUACCAGAAAAAACACUUGGAGCUUGCCAAGGACUCUGAUGACCUUGUCGAACAGCAGAGGGCUAGUACACAGCUUGGUCGGACAUACCAUGAGAUGUUUUUAAGAUCUUCUGAUGAUCAUAUUUCGAUUCGAAAUGCGAAGAAGUACUUCAAGUCUGCUAUGAAGCUUGUGGAGACUCUCAAGCAUAGCCCACCAACUGACAAAUCCUCUUUCUUGAAAGAAUACAUUGAUGCACAUAACAACAUUGGUAUGCUUGAACUCGAUCUUGAUAACUUGAAAGAGGCCGAAAAGAUAUUGACUAAAGGAUUAGAGAUAUGUAAUGAGGAAGAGGUUCCUGAAGAUGAUGAUGGUCGCAGCAGGCUAAAUCACAAUCUCGGGAACGUUUACACCGAGCUGAGAAAGUGGGAUAAGGCGAAGCACCAUAUUGAGAAGGAUAUCAUAAUCUGCAAGAGAAUAGGACACUGCCAAGGUGAGGCAAAGGGCUACAUUAACCUUGGAGAAUUGCAUUACAGGGUUCAAAGGUAUGAUGAUGCAAUUCUUUGCUAUCAGAAGGGACUUGAUCUGGCGAAAUCCAUGGAGGAUGAGGACGCAUUAGUCGAGCAAAUUGAACAAAAUAUUAAUAUUGUGAAACAAGCUAUGAAGGUGAUGGACGAACUAAAGAGUGAGGAGCAGAAUUUCAAGAAGCUUGCUCGAAGCUUGGCAGCUGCUAGAGGCACCUCCAGGGAAAGGAAGUGUCUAUUAGAGCAGAAUAAAUCUCUCGAUUUACUUAUAGAGAAGUCAAGCAUAAUAUCUGCGUGGCUGAAGCAUCUCGAAUUUGCCAAGCGGAAGAAAAGAAUUGCAGUAGAGCUCUGUGACAAGGAAAAACUGAGUGACUCUUACCUUGUCAUUGGGGAGUCAUACCAGAAGCUCAGAAAUUUUGUAAAAGCUCUUAAAUGGUACAACAAGAGUUGGGAGAUCUACCAAUCUAUUGGCAACAUGGAGGGGCAAGCACUGGUGAAGAUAAACAUUGGCACUGUUCUCGACUGUGAUGGGAACUGGAGAGGCGCACUGAAUGCUUACGAAGAAGGUUAUAGGAUUGCUGUAGAAGCUAAUCUUCCUUCUAUACAGCUUUCUGCCCUAGAGAACAUGCAUUACAGCCACAUGAUCAGAUUUGACAACAUUGAAGAAGCAAGGCGCUUGCAGCUUCUAAUUGACAAGCUGAAGCAAUCGGAUGAUGAAAAUCUUGAAGCACACAACAUGGGAGCAGAAUGUUGCUCUGAGACAGACACGGAGGGCGAUAAUAGGCCUACAGCUUGCAGUUCCCCCUUGACAAGUACAUCCAGUGCUCGUGAAACAGAAUUGAACUAUGUGGAAGAGUUAACUGAUGACACCCCCUUAGUCUCAUUUCUCCGAAGAAACAAUCGACCAUUGAAGUUGAAAACUACUCUUCCUGGGGAACCCAAUACUCUGGAGAGGUCCAACGCGGUUUCUCCAAGUCCAGCAAGAUCAUCUGGUACAAUUGUUGGUCGUAAACGCGUUCACCUAGUGCUUUCUGAUGAUGAAGAUGAUGCACAAGCUGAUACAGAAUGCGGGAGCCUUCAGAAAUGUUCUGCUGAAGCGGUCGGCACUUCUGGUGGAAGUGGUUCCCACUGUAAAAGAAGUCCAACAUCUGUUCGACAUAACUCCAAAUAUAAUAUAAAUUUAUACAAUCCGAUCAAUCUUGAAGAAAGCACAUGUUCUUACAGAACCAGGAGUUCUAGUAAAGUGGCUUCACAAAACGGCAAAGGAGAUAUAUCAAACUGUGAUGAUGCUCAUGAUGUUAUCUCAGGAGGCUCAAAGUGCAACUUCAAUGCUAGGGAGGACUUUCUAAAUAAGCAGAUUGUUGCUCAUUUGGGUCCUCAUGCUUCUGCCAACAAAUCUGAACGGUUUAUAACAUUCCAAAUUGAUGAUGACCUGGUUCGCAUAGAGGCUGGCUCCUUCUUGUCUGAUGUUAAUCUCAGCAUUGAAUCUCUGAAGGCUCAGUUGGCAUGUUUAUACUAUUUACAGCUUCCCACAGAGAAGAGAUUGAAGGGUCUCUUGCCAAUCAUCGAACAACUUAAAAGUUGCGGAAGAAUACUUGAACGGUUGGAAGCUGUUGAAGGCAUAGAAGAUCUUGUUGAGAAUGGCAUAGUUGAAGUAUUAGUUGGUGGUUGGAUCCAGAAACCCCUGAUGAAGCUAUAUGUUGGCUGCUGUGAGGACUUAUCUGAGGCACCCAACUUGAAGUUGCUGACAAGGCUCUACAAUCUGGAGGUCUCAGAAGAUGAAGUAAUUGUGUCUGAUUGCGAGUUGCAAGAUGUGUCCGUAACUCCGCUACUGAAUGCAUUGAAUGUCCAUGGAACAAUUGCAAUGCUAAAUCUUUCUCACAAUCUGCUGGGAAAUGGAACAAUGGAGAAACUUCAACAAAUAUUUAAAUCAUCAGGCCAAAACUAUGGGGACUUGAGUCUGGAUUUGCAUUGCAAUCGAUUUGGUCCAACAGCUUUAUUUCAGAUAUGUGAGAGUCCAGUUUUGUUUGCACGAUUGGUGGUCCUUAAUAUUUCUGGGAACCGUCUCACUGAUGCUUGUGGAUCUUAUAUUUCAACUAUUCUGAAAAAUUGUAAAGCCCUUGACAGUUUGAACAUAGAACGUUGUUCUAUCUCAUCCAGGACUAUUCAGAAGGUUGCUGAUGCAAUUGAAGCUGGGUCUAUGCUCUCACAGCUUUGGAUAGGACAUAAUGACAAUAUAUCGGGAAAUGCCAUCAUUAAGUUACUGUCCAAACUCAGCACUCUGAGUAGAUUUUCGGAGCUGAGUCUUAAUGGAUUGAAGUUGAUGAAACCGGCCGUUGACAGUCUCUGUCAACUGGUUAAAACCUUGUCCCUUUCUGGACUUAUGCUCGGCGGUACCAGUAUUGGAACUGAUGGGGCACUUCAGUUGACAGAAUCAUUGUUGUGCGAGACCCAUGAGCUCGUGAAAUUUGACGUGUCAUGUUGCCGGCUGUCUUCCAUGUACUUUUCCCAAUUUAGCACGGAUACUCUGCUUGGCGCAAUUUCAGAUCUGAAUUUGGGAGGAAACAUUAUCAAUCAAGAGGGAGCCACUGCAUUGGCGUCAAUGCUUAGAAGUUAUCAGUGCAGCACAAGAGUAUUGGUAUUGAAUAAGUGCAAGCUUGGUCUUUCUGGAGUUCUUCAAAUCAUUCAGGCGCUAGCCGGGAAUAGUUCGGUGAAAGAGCUUGAUCUGGCCUAUAAUGUGGAUGAGCCCGAAAGAGAAGCCCUUCAACGUGACAUAACACGAGAAGGAAAGUCAGAUGACUCUUUACAGCCCAAGAAUCCUGAAUCUUCUUCUCACCACGUUCAAAAUGAUUUAUGUGCCUUGAAUCAUGAGUGUAGUCAGCUCGAAGUUGCCGAUAGUGAAGAUGAAAGGACAAGAUUAGAACUUCAUCCUUGCGGAAUGGAUCAGAGCUGUGCUAGCUCUUGUGAUAGAGUUCCUCUCCCUGAUUGCCCGUUUAUUGAGAAACUGUCUGCUGCAAUCGGGUCUGCAAGGCAGUUAGAGCUAUUGGACCUCAGCAACAAUGGGUUCUCCUCCGCCGCUGUGGAAUCGUUUUACGCUUCGUGGUCUAAUUCAAGGGCUGUUAACUCGGCCCUUAGGCAUGCAGAUGGACAAGUGCUCCAUCUCUCAGUCCCGGAUAACCGGUGCUGCCGUGUCAAAUCCUGUUGCAGGAGGGAUUAGCUUCUGCAGCCCUGGAAUCUCUCUCAACUUUGUCACUAUGAGUUAUUGCUUCAACUUGAUUUCAGAGAACUGGACAUAUCAGUGCGGGACGACACGUUUUUUUUUUUUUCAUUUGGGUAUUCUUAAUAAUAUAUGUAAAUGCUUGUAAAAACUGAUCAACUAUAUGUUGCUUUGUUGGGAGGUACAUGAAAAUGGGCUCACGGUAUGUUCAUUCUGUUGUUAAAAA